AUGGACACGCACGAUGUCUCAGCAGUGGAUGCCUCUACCACUCUGCUCAAAGACCAGAAGAAAGCACUGCAGGCUGCCCGAUCCAGGGAGGGUCAGCGCUGCCAGACAACCGCAUACCGGGAGGACAUCAUCCACCGAUUCCUGUUUGGACGCAUGACCUCAUUCAGUGAAGCCUUCGAAUCUGAGCAUUUUCAGAUCACCGUCAUGCCUCAGGCGUACGCUCCCUGUGUGACAGCCUUAACCGGUCUGAAAAAGGUGAUGAUCCGAAACCUAACCCUGAAAACCCACCACAGAGGCUCCUAUAUCCUGCUCCGAGCGGUUACCCCGUUGCAGUUGGACACCUCGAUCAAGCUGAUCGCCGAAGACGAAGAGGAGAACGUUAUCUCGUUGACACUGUACAACCAAGGACCACAAGUCGCGAUGGACGGCCGUCUCAACGAGGGAAGGGUUGUGCUUGUGAAGGAGCCGUACGUGCAGGUCCAGAUCUACGGAGGCCACGAGAUCCGAGUUGAUCAUCUCUCCGAUGUGCGCUUUCUUGUAUCGCGUGACCCUGAGAUGCCCUUGGUCUGGAGGCCGAGGAUCAUGGAGUUGAAUGUGUCUGCCGAUGACUGGAAGACGAGGGGGGAUAGCUACCUCGCUAAGAAGAGGUAUCACCGUGCAAAUGCUUACUACGCUUUGGCUUUGGGAUCUAAUCCGACAGCGGUCGAGGCUUCGAGAAUUAGAGCCAGUCGUGGUCGUUCCUAUCUCAAGGCUCGCCAAUUUGAAGCUGCUCUCCGCGAUCUCGAGCUAGUCACUGCGGAGCCGGACACCGAGAAAGUGCUUCUUCGCAAGGCGCUGGCUCUUUAUCAUCUUCAGCGCUUCGAGGAGGCCUGCGAGGUACACAAGGUGCUUGGCAAGGGAUAUCCGGGGAACAAAACCGCCAGAUAUCAGUUCAACCGCGCCAUUGCACGGCUCGCUGAACAGCGUAGCGGCAGGUACAAUUUCAAGACCAUGCAGCUGGAGGCGAAGAAGCACAAGGAUCCGGCUCUCGACCAUGCGACAUACAUUGGUUCGGUGGCUGUGAAGCCAACGGAGUCCUGCGGACGCGGUCUCUUCACGACGAGCGCAGUCAAAGCUGGCGAUCUUCUAUUCUGCGAGAAGGCCUUCAUGCAUGUCUUUCAUGACGAGAGAAAGACUUCUGCAAAGCGUCCUUCACUGCUCCUCAACACAGAGACCAACACGACCAUGCUGGGCACUCAGGUAGAGCUUAUCUCCAGCACCAUUCAGAAGCUCUACGACAACCCUUCCUUGAUGUCCGUCUUCAACGAUCUUUAUCAUGGCUCCUACGAGCCGAUCGCUGUCAGCGAGGUGGACGGAGUACCGAUCGUUGAUACGUUCCUCGUCGAGCGCAUCGUCUCACUAAACUACCUCGAGUACCCCCGCUCCAGCCGCGACAAUCACCUCCGCACCAUAACCCACGGGGCGACAGGAGGCAUCUGGUGUCUCGCCUCCUACAUCAACCACUCCUGCUACAGCAACAGCCACCGCGCAUUCAUCGGCGAUAUGAUAAUCGUCCGCGCGACGCAGGAUCUCCCCGCCAACACGGAAAUCCGGUUCACCUACGUCCAGCCUCUGACCGACGGCAACGACCCCAAGGAGAACGAGAACGGACGCCCGGAUUUCGAACACUGGGGCUUCAACUGCAGCUGCGUCAUCUGUCUAGACGCCCUACACACACCCAAGAGUGACCUGGCCCUCCGCGAAACACUACUAGAGCAAUUGAACCACGAGUUCAAGGCGCAGCAUCCCGAUACCGGCAAGAUCUUGCCCAUCCUAACGGCGUUGGAAAAGACUUAUAGCCAGCCCGCGACCAACGUUCCCCGUCUGGCAAUCUGGACCGCAUAUCGGGAUCUAUCUGUGAUGUGCAUGUCUCGUGGCUUGGCGCAUCAGGCGAUCGGGCAUGCACUUACCUGUACUGAAGGUAUGUCGCUGAGUGUUAAGCAAUGGGGGCUACUGCAGGGUGGUUUGGUUGGCUAUUGGAUGGUUCUUGCGAAGGCGUAUCGCGUUGUAGCUCCUGAGCUUGUUCGUUUAGCGGUGGAGUAUGCUCGAAUCACGUAUCGUAUGCUUUUUGGAGAAGAUGAGACUUUUGGGGAUACUUAUAGUCUGCGCUCGAGCCGGGUCGAUGGUUUUCUUGUUGGGGCUAGGUAG